AUGGAAAGGAUAAGUGGGCUGGCCUGGACCGUCGACCAAGGCUGGCGCGCGGGAUACAGACCUUGUCCCCUGCGGCAUGAUGUCACGCUGCAGUGCACAGCGGGGGUCGUGGCCUGCAUCUGCGGAGCAACCCGCCAAGGUCGGGUCACGGCUCAGGGCCAGGCCCAGAAGCAACUCGCUCGUGCUGCUUCUCAGGUGUCAGGCUUCUUCGUGGCAGACGGGCUCGCAGGGGUAUGGAAGCACCAACCACGGCGAAGCAAAACGCCACAGCCACCCACAGCCACCCUCGCAUCUACGUACUGUGCAGCACCUCCCUCAUGGAGAAUGAAACCCCACACGCCGCGGCGUCAGACUCAGACUGACAUGAUUUAG